CAGCACGUCUUCGUCAUCAUAUUUACGAAAGAAAGAAUACCAUGAUAUCAGAUAAUGCACAAAGUGACUAUGUAAAUGGGAAUUUUACGUGGAAAAAACCAUUGGAGUUGUUUGAAGGGAAAGAUGCCGUUAAAAUAUGCGCACCAAUGGUCAGAUACUCGAAGUUAGCAUUCCGCACUCUAGUCAGGAAAUAUGGAGUUGAUCUGGCAUUCACCCCGAUGAUCAUAUCCGACUCAUUUGUAAGAUCUAUUAAAGCUAGAGACAGUGACUUCACGACAAAUUCAGGUGACAGGCCACUAAUCGUCCAGUUUGCUGCCCAUAAUGCCAAGGAUCUGGCAGAUGCUACAGAGAUUGUUGCCCCGUAUGCUGAUGGAGUGGAUGUAAAUUGUGGCUGUCCACAAAAAUGGGCAAUGGCAGAUGGCUACGGAGCGCAUCUUCUAUCAGAUCCAGAGUUAAUCAAAGAUAUGGUUGUCCAGUCUAGAAGUCGCAUAUCAGACGAAAGCUUUACGGUCUCUAUCAAAAUAAGACUGCACCAGAACAUACGGCAAACCGUCGAUCUGUGUCGGAAGGCAGAGCACGCGGGCGUGUCGUUCAUCACCAUCCAUGGCAGGACGCCGGCACAGAGACGGGAACCUCCUGACUUUGAAGCCAUCCGUAUCGUCAAGAGCAGCCUCCGCAUCCCGGUGGUUGCCAACGGCGACGUUCACACGCUAGAGGCUGCGGCUGCAGUGGAAGAGCAGACCGGCGCAGACGGACUGAUGUCAGCAAGAGGGCUUCUACAGAACCCGGCCAUGUUUGCUGGUUACAGUCUAACUCCAUUAUGCUGUGUUAAAGACUGGGUGGACAUUUCGCUCUCUCAGGGAGUGCCCUCGGGAUGCUUCCAGCAUCAUCUCUCCUACAUGCUAGAGAAGGUGUUGCCACGGCCACAGGUGCGAGUACUCAACUGUCUGCAGAGCACCUCAGCAAUCAUAGACCAUCUGCGAGAACUGCACAUCCUAUGAAACAUCGCCACUAGCAAGCAAUGUGUGCGCGGGUGUACUCGCGUAUAUGCGUGCGUCCGUGCAUGCAUCCGUCCGCGCACGCGUGCG